UUGAUUUUUAACGCUCGCAGCGUAAGGUAGUCGCCGCAAUUGCGAUAAAUUUGCUCGGUUAGUGUGUAAAAAAGGCACCAAAGUGAUUUUUGUAAAGCAACGAGAAAAAAAUACAAAUUAAAAUAUAAAAAAAGAAAAGUAACAACAGCAGUUUGUUUUUUGCUGCCAGCCAAUAAAAUUGUCACUCUCUUAACCUUUUUCCAUCACAUAGAAUUUUACCUGUGAAAGUGAAAACAUAAACGAACGAGCCAAGCAAAACAAAAACGCGUGUGUGCAAGCAGUAGCAGCAGCGAAAAAAAAGAAUCAGAAAAAACACAGUGUGUGAGCAAAGGAGAGAGAAAGAGGCCAGCAAAAGAACCCAAAACAUAACGAAAACAAAUAUCGACAACUGCAGCAGCAGACAGAAAAAAAGAAGCAAAGAAGACGGAAAUAAGCAAAAGCAGCGAAAACAACAAGAACAACUGAACAUAGCCAACGUCAGACUCUGUAUUGCUGCUCUUUUACGUUUUGCUCCACUAUGCUCAUGCAGUAUUCGUUUUAAAUCGUUCAUUAUAAUGAAUUCGGCGCGACAUCAUCGUAUUGGAGUAUUUCUGUCUCCAUAAAUGCACAUUGCUAAGCCGCAAUAAGAACGACAACCCCAUAAAAACCCAACAACAACAAAAUCACAAACAAUAGUUGAUCUAUCUAGUCACAAAAAAAGAAGGAAUACUGAAUAAAUAAAUCUUUGAAAUCCUACUAUUACACCUACACACUAAAACCCUCAACUAUUUGCUAAGAGAACACGAGUAACGACAGCUCUCAAGUAACCAGAGACAGCUAAAGAGUCAAAGCUGGCUAAGAAAAUGCCCUAUCAUCGUGCCGACACAUCGGCCCAGGCCGAUAAGCUGAGCGGCAUUGUCGAGGAGAGUGAUCUGUAUGAGGGAUUUGCUCCGCAUGUGGAAACAUCUGAAAUCAAAACACUCGAUUUCUAUAAUCUACCAAAGCAAACUGGCAAAGAGCCGGCGCUACGCUCUUUCACCGAAAUCCAACAGCUGCUGCAGCAGAACAAGAAGCGCGAUGUUAAGAAUAUACUCAGAGAGAACUCGUGGCCCAUAAAUUCACCGAUACGCUCACAAUUGUGGCCAGCAUUAUGUGCCCAGCACUUGACCAAGCAGAAUAUGCUAGAUGGCUUCUACUGGGAGAUGGUGCAUCAGGUCUUUGGCACCACGGAGCUGUCGGAGAAGCCCAUCAUGCUGCCCGCAUUUGUGGAUGCCACACACUGUUUGCCGUAUCAUUUAACCAGCACGGGACGCGCUGUUGCCGAUCGCAUUGUGAACGUUUUGGGCUAUGAUUGUCCCGACAUUACCUACAGUCCAGUAUUGUAUCCAAUUACAUCGUUACUUUUGCAUUUCAUGUCGGAGGAGGAAGCUUACCUGUGCCUGGCCGGACUUGUGGGCAGCAAGGAGAAGACAUUCAUCAAUCAAACCAAACUACAGCAUGAGGUCACCUGGAAGACAGUCAUGCAAAUAGCCAAAAAGCACACAAAAAGUGCCAUUGCGUAUUUCCAACGCAUCUGUCCGGGCCAGAAGCUGGAGCGAGUAUUCAUGGACUGGUGCUGGUGGAUAUUAGCUGGUCUACCCUUUCAGCAUUUGGUGCGAAUUAUGGAUUGCUUUUUUCAUGAGGGCAUUAAGGUGCUCUAUCGCGUCGCCCUGGUGAUACUCAAUCUCUUUCACAAGGAAUGCCAGUCGAACAACGAAUGGAGUCCGGAUAAUAUUAAAAACGACAUUGGCAAUGCGCUCAUCAAGUUCUGCAAAAAGAUACCAGUAUCGCCGGCGAAGCUGCUCCAUGCCGCUUUUAGUAUUAGGGGACUCAGUACCCAGUAUAUUUCUAGAAUAUUUAUCAAGACUGAAAUGCUACUAAAAAGCCGAUCCGCGCUUAAUAGCGGCUCGAAGCAAUUAAUCAAAUCGCGUUCAAGUGAUAAUCUGCCCACUAGUCAGUCGCAGGUCAACAUCCAAAUGAUGUCACACACAUUGACCAUACGAGAGAAGCUGCACUCCGAGAGCUGUCGCAAUUUGGGCGAAAAGUCGCCUGGUCAUAGAGCUAUCGCCAUGGGUGUCUAUCCCAUACACAAUCUGAAAAGUCAAGUCUGUAAGAACGAAGAUCUGUUCACGCUGUGGUCCUGGCUGCCUGUGCGAAUCACCAUGUACCAACCCGUGCUGCUCUAUACCACCGAGGAGCACGGCUGCUCCCUGACCACCUUCUACGUGCGCGUCGAGCAGCAUGAGCCCACGCUGCUGAUGAUCAAAACGUGCAAUAAUGAAGUAUUUGGCGCCUACUGCUCCUCGCGCUGGUUCGAGCGCAACGUCAAAGAUGACAAGGGCCAGAGACAGGCCUACUUUGGCACCGGCGAAACCUUCCUCUUCUCUCUGUAUCCCGAACGUGCCAAAUACCCCUGGGUGGGCAUCGAGGGCGACCGCGAUUUGGGCCAUAGCUCAGAACUCUUUAUGGCAGCCGAUUCCAAAAUGAUAACAAUUGGCGGCGGCGAGGGCCAAGCUAUUUGGAUGGACGAGAAUAUACGAUUUGGCAAGACGGACGGCUGCAAGACCUUCAACAAUCCCCCGCUUUGUCCAUCGGGCGACUUCGAGAUACGCGUACUGGAGGUGUACGGCUUUGUGGGCGUUUAAGGUCAUUAGGGCCGCAUGGACCCAACACUCAAAACCGAAACCAAAUUGCCCGCCGAUGUUCAAGUGCUCAGCGUUAAAAGAAACCCGCACCUAUGCUCCUCUCAGACCUAUUCAUCCGCACCUAUUCACGCACGCACACACACACACAAACAGAUACACAGACACAAGAAACGUGAACGCUUGUGCUUCCGGCUUUUGCGGAAAUAUUAGGCAGAAGCCGAGAAGAAGAUAGAAAGAUGAUGAUGCACAAGCAGACGAAGAAGAUUUGUGUAAACAUUUAAGAAAGUUUAUUUAUAAACAUGUAUCUAAAACAAAACAAAAAAAGGCAACACUCGUUGUCGUCAUUGUCGUUGUAAUGUUAAAUGUUUAAAACCCAUUGCGGGAAUGAAAAACAAACAAAUUAUAUAUUAUAUAUUGGAAAUACUCUGUGAGUUAAUGUUUCAAAACGCAAAAGCUUUGAAAUUAUAUACAUAUAUACGAUAGUUGUUAUUCAUAAACAAAAGAAACUUUAUUAUAAUAUAUAUAUUUCUAUAUAUACAUAUGUAUAUCUAAAUGUAAAUCGUAAAACGUAAACCUAUUUCUAUAUAAAAACUUUAAAAAGCAGACAACACACAAAAUAUAUUCCUUAAAUGAAGAGCAACCGAAAAUCUAAAAAAAAAAAAAAAAAAAACAAAAAACAAAAAAUGCAAAUCAAAAUUUCUUGUUAAAUUUGUCUGCACACUUUUGAUUAAUAUUAUCACGAUUAUUGUAAUUUGUAUUCUUAUUAAUAUUUUUUCUGCUUUCUGUAAACCAAAUUUACUGACUUGACUGAAUUCGUUAUAAAUGUUAUUAAUUAAUAUUAUUAUUACAUAUGUGUAUAAAUUAUAUACUUUGUAAAUUGCAUUGGAAACUUUUUUAUUUUCUUACCAUAUUACAUAACUAUCUAUGUGUACCAUGUUAAAUCCUCAUGUUAACUGGAAAUCGCCGCAUGAAUUCAAAGCAAAAUGCAAACACGUAACUUGCAGUGCAGUGUAAUAGUUAUAUAGAAAUCUUAUAGACAUGCUAUAGCUACGAUUAGAUGCCACACUUGAGCUACUUGGGCGUGCAAGGCGGAGGCAGAUAGAGUGGGCCAUGGGGUUGCUUGGGCAGGGGUUGGGGGUGUGCACACAUGUCGCAUAUUGAUCUCAUUUAUGAUCCGUAUCCAAAGCUUACAGCAAAUUCAAUGUUUAUUUAAGAUUCAUUCCAUUUGUGCAUUGCUCAAAUUAUACUUGAUUUUUGUUUUGUUUUUGUUUUUGCAGACAACAAGUUUUGAAUUGUUUUAUUUUAUUCUUUUUAUUGCGACAACUUUUUAUCAUUUCUUUCCAUUUUUCUAGUCAGAGAAAAGAGAAAAUUGUUGAGAACAUGCUGUGCACAAUAUUCGUUCUGCUUUGUUUCUUAUAGGCGUUUAAGCACGCCCAUUUCAGCGACUGCUCCUUGCACUACUCAAGCGAAUUGUUACAAUCACAACGAAUACAAAAAAUAUGAUAUAUAAAAUAUGUAAACAAAAAUAAAAACAAUAUACAUGUAUGUAAAUUAUGCCAAAAACAAAGACAAGUUUCGAUUUUGCUGCUGUAGCUGCGCCGACUCAAAAAGUCUAUGCGCCACUCAAUUUCCGAUCGCAUAGAUCAAAACUCCACAAACAAAUGACUCAAGACACAUUUCGGAGCUGGUACUCCAAAUAAACACCCGAAACACACAACUCACACACACACACAAAGGCAAGGCGUGACAGUAAAAUUUUUAAAACUUAUUUUUGUGGCUGACAUAAACGAAAAUAUAACAAAACUAAUAUAAAUAUAUAUGUAUUUUAUAAUUUUUAGUUUUUAUUAAUAAAACUCUCUGUGUUGUUGAAGGAAUAUUGUGUAUGUAUGUAAGCAGCAUUAUACCCAUAAUAGCCUAGUUGAAACGUUUGAUCAACUCAAAAAAUAAGAAAAAAUAUGUAUAAAAUAUAUUUGUUACUUGUUUC